AUGAGUUCUGUAUAUUCAUUUGAUGCAGAUGCAGGUGAUAUCCAAGAGAUUAAGAAGGUGAGGGAAUUCAUUAGAGAAUUCUAUUCCGAAUCGAAGAAGCUAUGGUAUCUCGCCGCGCCGGCCAUAUUCACAAUUGUUUCCCAAUACUCCAUCGGUGCCAUCACUCAGGUGUUUGCCGGUCAUGUCGGAAACAUUCAACUUGCAGCUUUUGCUGUUCAAAACAAUCUUAUUGGUGGCUUUGCUUUCGGCAUCAUGUAUGGAAUGGGAAGUGCACUAGAAACACUUUGUGGGCAAGCUGUUGGAGCAAAAAAACUAGAAAUGCUUGGUGUUUACCUGCAAAGGUCAUGGGUAAUUCUGAAUGCCACAGCCAUACCCUUGACAACAAUAUACAUAUUUUCCGCCCCAAUUCUCAAACUCCUUCACCAGAACCCACAGAUUUCCAAAGCCGCCGGCACGUUCGCCUUGUGGAUGAUUCCACAAUUCUUCGCCUACGUUUUCACUUUCCCUAUCCAAAGGUUCUUGCAAUCACAAACCAAGAUUAUUGUGAUGGCUAGUGUUUCCGGCGUGGCUUUUGUCGGCCACGUCUUGUUUAGCUGGCUUUUUAUGCUCAAGUUGCGGUGGGGGCUCCCCGGCGGCGCGGUUGUUCUGAACACCACGUGGUGGUUCAUGGCGGUGGCGCAAUUUGUGUAUGUUCUCUCCGGGGCGUGUGGGGAUGCUUGGAAAGGAUUUUCCCGAAGGGCCUUUGAGAAUCUCACGGGCUUUGUUCGCCUAUCUCUUGCAUCAGGAGUCAUGUUUUGCUUAGAAAUGUGGUACUUUGUGGGACUUAUUCUUAUGGUUGGAUACACCAAGAACGCAGAAGUUUCAGUAGAUGCAAUUUCUAUAUGCUUGAGCAUUUCGGGAUGGACGUUAAUGUUUGGUGUUGGAUUCAGUGCUGCAAUAAGCGUGAGGGUGUCGAAUGAGCUCGGCGCCGGACAUCCUCGGACAGCAAAAUUUUCUGUAGUUGUGGCAACAGCUACUUCUUUAUUCACCGGAAUCAUCCUCGGAAUCAUUCCCAUUCUCCUUAGAAGCCGGUAUCCGCCAUUGUUUUCCAAAAGCUCGUCAGUACAGAAGCUAGUAAAUGAUCUCACACCAUUGUUAGGAUUCACCAUUACCCUUAACAGCCUUCAGCCAACACUCUCUGGGGUAGCCAUUGGAGCAGGGUGGCAAAGCUAUGUAGCAUAUGUCAACAUUGUAUGCUACUACUUGGUGGGUAUUCCCAUUGGUUUGGUAUUAGGCUUUGUCUUUAAGAAGGGUGUCAAGGGCAUUUGGUAUGGAAUGAUGGCAGGGACUGUAGUUCAAACCAUUGUUCUGAUAGUUAUGGUCCUCAGAACUAACUGGAUCAAGGAGGCUUCGAUUGCUGGAGAAAGGAUCAGGAAAUGGGGAGGGGAUCCAGAUUCACAGCCACUUGAACUCCAUUAGAGUUUCAUACAAACUUAAAUAUUCUCAACUUAUAUAAUUAGAAUUGAUGAGUUGAGAUUCU